UCCAAAUCGGUGAAAGCGCCUAGGACGACCGGCGCGGCAAAGGUGUUAGCACACAUUUGUAGAAGAGAAACGCCAUUGGAUCAAGGCAAGGGGAGGUGGUAGUGGGAUGCAUCAAAUGCCAUUCCUACUUCUCUGCCUACCUACCAGUGUACGCCACACACCACACCAAUCGGAUCAUUCGUCCCGUUCGAGGGCUCUCUCACGGCGGCGCCGCGCGCAUGGCUCUAGGCAGCAGGCUGGAGCUCCUCGUCGUCCUCUCAAGAUGCGGCAGCUUGAUACUCGCUGGCACGGCGGCGGCGGCCAUCCCCAGCGUGGCCAGCCUACCGUUCCGGGCCAAGCAGUUCAUGUGGCACACUCUGUCCUUCGGAGGCAUCCUGUGGGGUGCGGCGCUGCUGCUAUUCCAGUUCUUCUGGCUGUGUUUCGACGACUUCGAGCCGGGAAGUGUCGCGCUCCUGGUGCUGAUCGCCGUCGACUGGGGCGUCGCGUGCCUCAACGCCGGCUCGGCGUGCGCCGCCCUUGCCGCCAACCACUAGGCCAUCCAGCACCAG